CGCGGGAGGCAGAGCAGUUGUACGCACGUGCGCAGCCACAGCAGCAGCAGCAGCAGCAGCCCCGGGGGCUGGGUUGCGUGUCAGUUUGCAAAUCCAGUUCCGCUCUCCUCCUCCUCCUCCUCCCUGCUUUGACGCGAGAGACGGGGCUUGGCAGGGAAGAUGGCAGCGCUGGCGGAGCCUCUGGGGCUGGAGAAAGAUGUGGCCCGAGCGGUGGAAUUGCUGGAGCGCCUGCAGCGGAGCGGUGAAGUGCCCCCCCAGAAACUGCAAGCCCUCCAGAGGGUGUUGCAGAGUAAAUUUUGCUCCGCCAUCCGCGAGGUCUAUGAGCAGCUGUAUGACACUCUGGAUAUAUCCGGGAGUCCUGAAAUCCGAGCUCACGCCACAGCUAAGGCCACAGUGGCUGCCUUUGCGGCAAGCGAGGGCCAUGCACACCCACGGGUGGUGGAACUCCCCAAGACGGACGAAGGCCUGGGCUUCAACAUCAUGGGGGGCAAGGAGCAGAACUCUCCCAUCUACAUUUCCCGCAUCAUCCCAGGGGGUGUGGCCGACCGCCACGGUGGGCUCAAGCGUGGAGAUCAGCUGCUGUCAGUCAACGGCGUGAGCGUGGAAGGGGAGCAGCAUGAGCGGGCAGUGGAGCUUCUGAAAGCCGCCCAGGGUACCGUGAAGCUGGUCGUGCGCUACACGCCCAAAGUGCUAGAAGAGAUGGAGGCACGGUUUGAGAAGAUGCGGACAGCCCGGCGUCGGCAGCAACACAACAGUUACUCAUCCUUGGAAUCGCGAGGAUAAUUGGCACCGUUACCUUGUCGCUGGGGGGCCUGCCUGUGACUUUUCCACCCGCCUCCUCCCCCUCCCCCCCCCCCCGAUGGUUUUAUCUGUAUAGCAGGAGACAUAUAUUUAUCGGCCUUCCUCCCCUUUGGUGGGAUGUGGGCUUUUAUGUACAGUAUUUAUUCACCAUAACCCUCUUAUUUAAAGAUGUUCUGUGCGAGUGACCGUGUUUGUGCAAAUCUAUAUUAUAUGCCCUUUGUAAACCGUGGGAGAUACGCCCCCUGCCCCCCCAGUAUCAAAAGACUGUUUUUCCUGUGGCACAGAGCUGCCAAAAGAGGGGAAUGGAAACUUCCGGCAUGAAUUGUUGCCUUUACCUCAGAGGGGUUUUUGUAUCUGCUCUGAGUGAGGGACCCCUGUCUAAUGCCAACCUCCUUCUCCAACCUAGUGGAUUUUGCACCUCCGCUCCUUGUAUAAACAAGUAGUUCCCACAUAGUGUGGUGCAGUGGAUAGAAUGGUGGACGUAGACCCCAGGUUCCGGCCCCUCCUCAUGAAACCCCCUUGGGUGACUUUUUGGGCUCUGUCACUUAAGCUUGCUUACCUCGCAGGGCUGUUGUGAGGAUGAAAUGGAGAAAACAUUUGUAUGCAGUCAUGGGCACCUCGGAGAAAGAGUGGGAUAGAGUGUAAUGAAUAUUGUUAAUAAAAGAAGAAGGAGAUUA